CUGUUCUGCCCUGUUCUGACAUCGUGACAUCCUGUCCAUUGUUUCCUUCGACAGAUAUAGCGAAGAUGCCAGAAAUAACAUUCAUCUUUGGGCCUAACAAAAGCUUCUUCUUUGACUGUCCAAAGGAAUGGAAGUUCCAUGCGAUUCCCGUGACGCUGCGACAACUGCUUUCUUCGUCUGUAGGCCCGACAUGGAGAAUCAUGCAGCCUUAUUGCGUCGCUCUUGCGCCGUCGAGCAACUCAGCAGAUCCGUCGUGGUACAUUGGAGGCAAGACGUUGAGCGGGGAGGACAAGAUCUUCUAUGAUCAAAACUCCUUUGAAAAGAAUUAUCCAGAUCUAUGCGCAUGGACCAAGACGAUUCCUAACGCGCCGCAAUCGUGUUUCGUGACUUUCGGCCAGAAACUCAGCUACUUUGCGUCUGCGCCUGGGCGGGGAUCGAUAUGGGCUGGCAUUCCCUCGGAGCUUGAAGACAAGGUGCGGAAAGCAUUUGACACGCCAUGUUGUGUGUCACUGGGAGCCAGCAAAGCGUGGUUUGUUCUAUGGCCUGAUGGCUAUUACUCAUGGAAGUUCUACGGUAGCUAUGGCGCGCUAAAUCAGAUAUUGACGGAAGCCGAGCCUCGAUCAGUAGCUUACCUUGCCAUCUCGCCGUACAACAAGGAGCAUUACUUUGUCGCAUUUCGAGAUCGAUCCGUACGCUACAACUUCACAGGCGCACCGCCUGACUGGAUGAAGCUCAUGACCGAGGUCUUCGAUGGCUGGGUUGCGGAGCGCAUGCAAGGGCAGCAACAGCCGUAUACUCAACCAUAUCACCCGUUGUAUGAGCAGAAGCCGGUGCUAUCGUCGCCCACCACUCCGCUAUCACCUGCCAGUCCGUUAUCACCCAUGACGCCAAAUACACCUCUGCCAAUGUACUCGAGCCCUGUCAUACCGUAUGCUACGCCCAGUCCCAUGUAUGAAUUCAGGCCCCCGCAGCUAGGAGCAAUAGAGAUGCCAGCAGAAUCGGCAGGGCCAGCUCUAUCUGUCAGAUCAGGCUCGACAGAUAAAAAGAAGAAGUUUUUCUCACGGUUGUUUUGAUACUCAGUUACCAACUCCUACGUCGCGAUUUCGCUUUUCGUUUCCAUGAUACCCAUCUUUCAUAGGCAUGUGUUCCAGCGGGGCUUUUCGAUAUACUUUGCAAUGUUUUGGAAAUCGUAAAAAUCACUGAGGCCGCAGCUCAAUGUUCCCAUCGCUUGCAUAUGGUACAUUAUCAUGAGACUUUGCUCGGUAAUCAAUCUCUAUACUUGAUCAAGCUCAUACUGUUUACAUGUAUUCGGUGUCCAAGACAAUGCGUAGCUCUCUGAGCCUCGGUCAGAGACCGGCCAAUAAAGGACUCCCAUAGCCGGACACAACCCUGAUCCAGGUCGAAUACACUGUACAGUUCUACACGCGCCCCAUCUUGUAGCAUAUCCAAGUAGUCA